UGACACUCAAGGACCUGGGGUCCCUUUGGGUGGUGGCACUGGAGGGUUUGGGGUCACCCUGGUUGGGGACACUCCAGGGCAGGGUUUGAGGCCACCUGCGGGGGGCUUGGGGUCCCCUGGGCUGGUGACACUCGAGGGACAUCACUGAAGGGUUUGGGGUCCCCUGGGGUUAGGGUGACAUUGACAAAUUUGGGGUCACUUGGGCUGGGGACACUCCAGGGACACCAGGACAGGAUUUGGGGUCAGCUGGGGCGGUGGCACUUGAGGCUUUGGGGUCACCUGGGCUCGGUGACAUUCCAGGGACACCAGGACGAGCUUUGGGGUCACCUGCGCUGAGGACUGAUAACAUUUUGGGGUUUUCUCGCUGCCACCUCAGGUGACAAACCCGAGCGGCGCCACCUCGGGUGCCACCUCAGGUGACAAUUCCCGGAGCUCCGGGAUCCUCCCGCGGUCCCGGCCCCGCUCUGGCGACGCUGGCGACACUCGGCGAGGUGGCGUUGUCGCCGGAGCGGGGAUGGGGACAGGAAAGAGGAGCGGCGGCGCUUCCUGGUGGCGUUGUCAUGUGACAGGCGGGCGGCGGAGCGGAUCCGAUCCCAAAUCCGGGGGCGGUGAGCUGAUCCCGUUCCGGGAACGCGGGGAUUUGGGAUCGGCGGCACCCCGGCCCCAAAAGAUGGAGACGGAACCGGAGCCAGAAGCGGAACCGGAGCUUCACCCAGAGCCGGGCCCCGCCGCGCCGGCCUCCCCUCCGUGCCAGCCCGCGGAGGGCGAGGAUGAGGACGAGGAGGAAGACGAAGAUUUCCAGUUCCUGCGGUGCGACGGCUGCGGGCAGGACUCGGCGCAGCCGCGGCUGCUGCGCUGCCUGCACACGCUGUGCCCGGGCUGCCUGAGCGACACCAAGCAGUGCCCGCGCUGCCAGGCGGCCACGGGCGCUCCGGCCGUGGACAACCUGCUCUUCUGCAACCUGCGGAGCCGCCUGCAGCUCUGGCGGCAGAUCCGCAGCUCGGGCGGGCCCGGCUGCAGCCGCUGCCGCGCCGAGGCGGCGCUGGUGUGGUGCUCGGACUGCGAGGAGUUCUUCUGCGGGCGGUGCCUGGAGGAGCACCAGUGGUGGCACAAGAAGAAGGCGCACAGGGUGCGCAAGGUGGAGGAGCUGCGGGCGGGCUCGGCGCGGCAGUUCCUGGAGGACACGCGUGGCUCCUGCAGCCUCUUCUGCUCCAGCUCCAGCCACCCCGAGGAGAGCCGCGUGUGCAGCAUCUACUGCCCCCGCUGCGAGCGGGCUCUGUGCUGUCCGUGCGCGCUGCUGGACACUCGCCACGCUCCCUUCCGCGACCUCCGCGCCGAGAGCCGCCGGCGCCAGGACGAGCUGCGCUCCCUCCGCCGGGACAUGCAGCGGCUCCGCCGCUCCUUCGAGGCGGCGCUGGCGCGGCUGCGGGGCGAGGCGGCGCGGCGAGAGGAGCAGCGGGAGCGCCUGCGGGAGCGCGUCCUCGCCAGCGCCGAGCGGCUGCAGGAGCUGGUGCGGAGCGAGGCCGAGGAGCUGCGGGCGCUGCUGGAGGCGCGGCCGGAGUGCGGCCGGAGCGCGCUGGCGGAGGAGCUGCGCGGAGCCGAGGGCACGCUGCUGCGGCUGGAGGCGGCCGAGAGGCUGGUGGAGAGGCUGGGGCGCUACGGCGGCGAGCAGGAGCUGAUGGACAUGCAGCCCUUCGUCAAGGCGGCGCUGCUGGAGCUGCGCCGGCUGCGCCCGCCCGAGCCCCCCGAGCUCCGAGAGCCCCCCGACUUCGCCGAGUGCCGGGCGCGGCUGCGGGCGCUGGUGGAGCGCGUCACGGGCCGGCCAGACGUCCCUGAGGUCGAGGUGGCCCUGGAGAACAACCUGGAGGAGGAUCCGACCCAUCCCAAACCCCACAGCGUCUCCCCCAGCCUGGAGGAGAUCCACGUGCAGGAGGUCAGGUCCCUCCAUCCCAUCCAGCCUCUCCCGCUCCCCUGCUGGAAGAAGCGGCCGCUGCCCAGCAUGGAGAGGGGCAGCCAGGUGUCUCCCAAAAUCCUGAAGCUGGAAUGUGACCACGAGCCGGGCCCCAGCCAUCCCAAAUCCCAGUGGGAAUUCCAGACGGAGCCCGGCCCCUCCGCGUCACGGCACAACUGCGUCCGCGCCGGUGACACAGAGGGCAGCAGCAUCAUCAUCUGCAGCUCGGAGGACAGCGACGAGGACACCGUGCUGGUGACGGUGACACCGGAGCCGCCUCCCUGCUGACAUCCCGCGGGAUCCUCCGGCCUCAUCCCGCCAUUCCCGGCCUCCCGUUCCCAGAGUUCCGCUUGGGCUUUCCUCUCCUUGGCCAAUCCCAAAUCUAUUCCUGGACUGAGCUCAGAGCGGCCCCAAAUCCUGCCUGGAUCUGCUGGGAUCUCCCCUCGGGUGAUCUGAGGUUUCCUGGGAAUGAUCCUCUCCUCUUAAAUCCCAUCUGGCUUGAUCCCAAAAUUUGGGAUGGGAGUUGGGAUCCACGCUGGUGGAUCCCGUUCCUGAGCCCCACCAAAGGUGGGGAGAUGAUCCCAAGGGUGGGAUCCCCCAUCAGCCCUUGGAGCAGGGAAUUCCUUGGGAUUGGGGUUGGGGUUGGGGUCGGUUUCCUGAUCUAACAAGGGAUUAAAAUCCCGGGUUUUUUAUCUCUCCCCUCAAUAAAUUUGCUCUGGGAUAAAA